AUGACUGCAAGCUUACUCUCUCCGGGUAUACGCAGGCUUGCGUACUUCGUUUCCGUCGGAGCGCCCUUGAUUACUGGUUACUUGUGGGCAGACUCUCGGAAAAAGGCCUACGGCGAGGCGAGCGUGACAAGUCAUCGGUUGGAACCGUCGUACGAUACCUCUGUGUUCGGAGCGUAUCGCAGGUUCGCGCGCUCUGCGAUAACGGCGGCAGCGAUCGUUGCCGACUAUAAGCUCACGCUGGCGCGACUGCCCCCGGAAAAUGAACAUGACGAAUUUGCUGUAACGUUGCGCGGGGAGAAACUGGAGGCGACGCAUCGGCGUGCCGCUGCAAAGAUUCUCGAGCUCUGCGAGCGCAACGGUGGCAUCUACAUCAAGCUGGGCCAACAUCUCGCGCAGAUGGAUUACCUGCUUCCUGACGCUUAUUGUGAGGCGCUCAGGCCACUGCUGAACGCCUGUCCGAUACAGGAGUUUGCCGUGGUUGAACGGACACUAUGCGAGGACCUGCAGGUGGAGCGCCUGUCGGAGGUGUUCUCGUUCAUUGAACCUACACCCGUUGCUUCAGCGAGUCUUGCGCAGGUGCAUCGCGCUCGCUUGCGCACCGAUUACAGGGAGCAGACGCAGCGGAUGCUCUCUCCAAGAGAGCGAGCCUGGCUCGAGGAGCAGGAGCGCCUCGCACCCGAGGGGCCACUCGUCGCCGUCAAGGUGCAACAUCGCGGUCUAGCGGAAGCGCUCCAGGGCGAUAUCGCUACGGUGCAGUUUCUCGUAAGCGCAGCCGAGCGCCUUUUCCCGGGCAACUUUGACAUGCAGUGGCUGGUAAAUGAGAUUCGAGAGAAUCUUCCAAAGGAGCUAGACUUUGAACACGAGCUUCAAAAUGGGGAGCGCUGCCGCACAUAUCUCGCGAGCGGCUGUGGAGCCAAGGGCCAGCGUUGCGCUCGACCACGCCUGAACGUCCUUGUGCCAACGUUUUUGACGAGUUUGUCGACGCAUCGAGUACUGACCAUGUCGUACGAGACGGGAGUCGUAGCCAACGAUGUUGCGGGGAUUCGGCAUCUCGGCCUGCGACCGCGCGACGUCGCAUCCAUAAUCGAUGACGUGUUCACAGACCAGAUUUUUUGCUUCGGUUUCGUUCAUAGCGAUCCGCACCCGGGAAACAUUCUAGUGCGACCGAGCCAGGAAGACGCUUCAAAACCGCUGGUGGUUCUGCUGGAUCACGGCUUGUAUCGCGAGCUGGACGAUGCUUUCCGCUUAGCAUACGCUGCGCUGUGGCAAGGCAUCGUUGAGGGCGAUGGCGCCAGCAUUCGUCGGGAAGCCCUAAGGAUGGGGGUGCCCCCAGAGGACGUCGAGCUGUUUACAGCCAUGUUAACUAUGCGUUCAUGGCAAGAUGUGGUGGACCAGACCGAACAACGAGGCGAUCGCGGGCUACGUCUCUCCAAUGAGCGGACGUCUGCGAACAAGCGGCGCGUGCAGGACUAUGUGCGAGCCCAUAUCAUGGCGAUGAAUCGUCUGCUUGGUCGCAUUCCAAGGCCCUUGCUGCUGUUACUAAAAACGAAUGACUGUUUACGAGCGCUCGAUCGUCGCCUCGGUGCGACGUCCCUCAUGGUGGAGAUGAUUGCGCGAAAGACGACCGCAAUACUCGCGGAGCACCAGCACACACAGUGGAUGGAGCCGUUGCACGCGCAGCGGCACCAAGGGCUUGUCCGCGGCCCCAUGUAUUCGUUCUGGGAGCGAAUACGACUAUCGUGGCGCAGGGUACGUCUGGAGCUGCGUCUACUCAUGUUUCGCUUGCUGGUGUGGUGGCACCAAUUGCGCAGGUCAGGAGAUGCGCUUCUGCAGCGCUUCCAGGCCACGUUCCGCUCAAAAAGCCCGGAUAUACGCUGA